GAAGAGAAGGAGGAGGAGGAGGAGUCAAAGGAGGAUGAAGAGAAGGAGGAGGAGGAGAAGUCAAAGGAGGAUGAAGAGAAGGAGGAGGAGGAGGAGGAGGAGUCAAAGGAGGAUGAAGAGAAGGAGGAGGAGGAGGAGGAGGAGGAGGAGGAGGAGACAAUUGUAGUGGCAACGCAUAGGAAGCCUAAGUGGAAAGUAGUGAUGAUGCAAACUCUCUCAUUCAAUUGGUUGGUAGAAGCGGUUGUUGAUGUUGGUCUUGUUGUUGUUGUUGUUGGUGGUGCUGUUGUUGUUGUUGUUGUUGAGGAUGAUGAUGAGAGGGUGGUUGUUGAUCCACCUCGCCUGUCUCUCUCCCCUUGCCAACGCGACAGGGCGAAUGGCAUGGGGAUGGAGAAAAUCGAGUUGGUGAGUUGGUUGGCUGGUUUGGAGCGGUCGCCUGGCUGCCUGACUGGCGACUCAAUCGGUUGGGUGGUGUCUCCCCUUCUCCUUGCUGCCACCGCCGUCACCGCUGCCGCAGUCCCAAAUGGGCAGUUCCUCUCUUGCAUCUCAGUUUAA